AUCUAUUUUAGUUGCAUUCGCGGAUCUUGAUGCCUCGUUUGAAAGAAUGAUUUCGACUGGAAGCUGACCCAUCUUUCUAGAGCCUCAUUUUGCAUUAGCGCAUCACGGAUCUCUUGUUCUGGUAGGAAGGAGAGCCACGAGCUGAGAUAGUUCAAGGCAGGUUCAACAACUCGCGCGGUCACUGGGUGUGUCAGGCAGGAGUCGCAAGCAGACGACAACGAGCAGACGACACUGGGUACAGAAGGCGGGAAGGACAGUCGUGCGUGAUGACAGUCACUCUGAUGUGUCGUCAGCUAAAUUUAGCACGAGACCGACGGAAGGGGAUUUCCUCGCGCACCGUGACGACAGCCAGGCCUGUAUAUUAAAUAAGUCUCUCGCUAGCAGCGACAUUGUUGUGGAGUGUGGCGAGCUAGCCUAUGACAGACGACAAAACCAGGUGCUCGGAGCACGAUUAAAAUGGUGCUAGAGGCGAGGAACGAGAAAAGGAUUAAAUGUGUUGUUGUUGGAGAUGAUUCCAUAGGCAAGACGAGCAUGUUAUUGGGGUAUGCAACAAAUCGCUACCCCACACAGCACGUACCAUCCGUCUUUGACAACCACGCGGGAAGUCUGAAGCUGGCAGGUCGGCGAAUCAAGCUGGAGUUGAUAGACACAGUGGAAGAGGAUGAGCGGCCGAUAAGGAAAGAGAUAUACGAAGGAACAGACAUUUUCGUGCUGUGUUUCUCGGUAGUCCAACCGGACUCUCUACAACACGUGCAGGACAUAUGGUUACCGGAAAUACGUCAGAUCGCACCGGAGAAGCCAUAUAUUCUAGUCGGAACACAGGCCGAUCUUCGUGAAGUGACGACCAUUCUCAGACUUCUUCGCACAAACGGACAGAAACCUAUCUCAGCGGCCGAGGGAAACACCCUCGCUCGGAAGUUGGGGGCCACGUGCUAUGUGGAAGCCUCACCGGAAGUGGAGAAAAAGGUGCGAAGGACUAUCAAUAAUGCUCUUGCGUCUGUGCUUAAAGUUCAAGACGGUUCACGUGACGUACAAGCAAAUGUGUGUACAAUAUUGUAAAUGCAACACGUCUUCUCGCGGGCAAUGAGACUCAGGAAGGCGAGACAUCGGGACCUCUUUUCUGAGGUGUAUAAAUACAUUUAGGAGUACGGUGUGUUUUCUGUGUGCCUUCGAAUGAACUGCUACCUUGUAUUUCGUGCAAUGUUCAAGCCAUUCUGCGUGGAUGUUCACCUUCCCUUCCCAAGGUCAUUUAUUCCUUCAGAUGACCAGCCUUGACCAGUCUCAGAUAGUUUAUCGUCUUCUACGCGAGUUGAAUUACAGAUGAGAAGGGAAACAUGGUGCGUCUGACCCAUAUAUUUUUCUAGUCCGCGUAUAUAUUUCGCCCGUCUUGUUGAGCCAAGUCGCAAGAGGUCAACCCUCACGUCAACUGACCAAUGUCUUUCUGGUUGUCGUCUGCUCGAUGUCGCAGAUGUGAACAGAUCUGAAUUGAAACUGGGAAACACAAUUCAUAUGUACCUACGUUUGUAGACUUUAUCAGAACAUGUAGCUUAUCGAUGUAGCAAAUUGUUUCCGCAAAAUAACAAAUAGUAAAGCUUCAUGUUUUUAAACCGGCACUGCAGUCGAACCCCAUUGUCUCGAACCUAGCGGGACCGUGUUGUAACUUCGAGAUAUCCGGGCAAUCGAAGUAGUAAGGCAUUCCCAACAAGAGAACGGGUUCGAGAUAACGGUGUUCGAGAUAACGAAGUUCGACUUACAAUAUUAAUAAAUUAACACGACGUUUUGGGAUGUUCAACCACAAAACAGGUUUUUGUGCAAUGAAAGAUCGCAACAUUUGAUCCAUACUACUCAAAAUAAGUUAAGAACACCCGAUUAAUUUAUAUGUAUAAAGUUAAUCUGUCAGGGCAAUUCAUAAUUCGUGGAUUUCCGUAUUUAGAUGUAUCGCAGUACGGGAAAAUUGUCUUCAACAAUUUAUCUUAUUCUGAUAAUGUACAACCACCCGUUCUGUGUGUGUAAUUAGAGGGAUUUAUUUAGAUCUGGUUAGAGGUCGAUAUUCGGCCCCAAGUCUGCAGCAAAUAUAAAGUAAAGUUGCCAAUUCAUGUUAAUAUAGUUAUAACUAAUGUUUCGGCUAUGUCGAUUCCACUGAUAACAUGAUCCAUUUGGAGGACGAGGCUUUAAAUGUAUGAUUGGAUUGAAUGUAGAGUAAAUUUCAGUGUGUGGUCCCUCGGAAAAAAACAAACUUUUAAACAAUCCCAGGUUUGAAACAAACAACAACUGUUUCGCAAUUGAAUGACAACUUGAAGGUAAUUUAGUUUGGAAUCCAAGAUAAAUCUCUGGUAAUUGCAUUAAGGACAAUCGUUACUUUUAACACUUAUUUCUGACGAAGUUCUUAUGUUCAGACUAUUUCUACUUCACCCUUUAGAACUUAAGCCCACAAUUUUAACACAGAUGAACACUAACAUCUUGGCUAUUUUAAUAAUGUAUAACACACAACGUUUAUAGCAGUAUCACAGGUAUUGCAUUGGACAAGAAACGCCAUUGUCACGGAAUGGCAUUACAAACACGUCUUAAGGAGUCGUUAUAUGGUGAUUUAACCAUUGCUCUUUGUCAGGCAAAGGAAUAUUUACAUCCUAUUAAUGUUCUUUAUCUUGUCAUUUAUAAAUACCCUUUAUUAUCUUGUUUACUCCGACUAGAUAUGAACUCUCUGCAAUCAAAUAUAUGAUGAGGUAAUACAUAACGGUAGUAUUUCUAUUUUGAGGAUACGUAAAGAACUAGUUUUACUGCGCUGUCACGUGAGCUUAUAUUUUCUCAUCACGUUCCCUGAUGCUCACAAAGUCCUCACCGUGCUUAACGGUUAUUAAAUGGCACGCUAUAUGACAUUCAUUAAUCGUAUUUUGAGUGAAAUAUUUCGCCCGAGGGAGAUAUUUGUAUAAAUACAUAGCCAAGUAACCUAUAUCAGGCACGUUUUACCAUACAAGGAACACUGACCUAAUUAGGCUUUGUUGUGCCGCCCUGGGGCUAUGUUUUGACGGUCAACCUUGACCUUUUUCGAAAAUAUAUCUUUACUUGGGUCCUUUUGUUUUCGUUGACAAGUACAUUGUCCGAUCUGAACAAUAACAAAGCAGACUAUUGCAAGUGAAGCAAGAUUUGUUGAUAUUUUAUUUUAUUUAUUUAUUAACGUACAUAUUUAGCAUCACGAUUUUGAUAUACAUAUAUUAUUUUAAAACUUGUAAAAUAUGACACAGAGUUUUGUAAUGCAGCUUUAGAAGAUGUUUUCACUUUGAUCAUGUAACAAUGAUUUGUUGAAUGCUACCUUAUUAAUGUAAGGAUCACGUAAUGAUAUUUAGCAAAUUUGGAAAUUGCUGCAAAUAUGUAAAUAUAACUUUAAAUUAUGCUGUGAAAUAAAUUUUGAAUACAA